AUGAGGAAUUUGAAAAGGAAUGCUUUGAUUAAAGGUUCAAAAAGCAAGUUUAAUGAGUAUCUUGAACUGGAGAUGAAGGGAGGGACAUUGUUGGCGAAGGAGGAUUUGAAGUUGGAAAAGAAACUUGCGAAGAAACUCAAGUUCAAGAAUGGAAAAUUGCAAGGAGUUGAUGAUGAUAUUGACAUGUUACUUGAAGGAAUACCUUCUAUUCUAAGCAAUCUAGAGGAAAAUGAAAAAGAGAUUGAAAAGAACUUUCAGAAUGGCACAUUGCACAGAAAACGAAAGACAAGUAAAUUGCCAGAUAUAGUUUCCAAGGCUGAAAAACUGGUUGAUAAUGUGGAUGAAGAAUCUGACACACUUGAUGCUAUUAGUGACGAGCAUGAUGAUGUUGAGGAAGUGGUCUUGCAUAAGGAUUCAAGGAAGCGUAAUCUGAAAAAGACAAAGUUCAAAGAGUAUCCUGAGACUGAAAUGCAGGGUGGUAUGCUUUCAGGUGAAGCAGAUUUGGCAUUGGAAGAAAAGCUAGCGAAGAAGCUCAAGGUGAAGGAAGGGAGAUUAAGUGGAGAAAAUGACGAAAUUAACAUGUUAUUCAGGGAAAUUCCUUCAGUGCUUGAUUCCUCAGGGGAUGAACUAAUAACUUCUGAUGAAGAUCCCAAGAGGAGCCUUGAUAACAGCUAUUCAAGUGAGAGACUUAAAAAGCGAAAGUCCAUUGAUCAAGAGAAAAGAGCUGAGGGAGCAGUUGACCCAUUAUUUGGAGUAUCCAAACCAGUAGAACCCUCUGGUGCAGGAGCGACAUCAGAACAGGUUUGUCAUGUGGUGCCAGGGAAAUAUGUGGCUCCUCAUCUUAGAUCUCGGGCUAAAAAAGAAUCAGAAGAAUAUGCUCAAAUCCGUAGACAAAUACGAGGACUUUUAAACAGGUUAUCUGAAGCCAAUUUGGAAUCAAUCACGGGUGAAAUUUCUACAAUACUCAAGUCUGUUGGUCGUAGCGUUGGUUCCCAAAUUGUUCAGGAAGAGGUUGUGGCAUCAUGUUCUGGGGGACCUCGUGGCAACGAACAAAUCAGGGUAGUUUUUUUCACAAGCACUAGUUGGAAAACAUCUGCCAAAAAUGAAUUUAGGCUUCAUAAUAUUGUCACGUGA